CGCUGGGAGGCGGCGCACCCCUUCUCCCGCGUCCGGGUCCCUGGCCAGCUCCCUGCAAUCCCAGGCAGUUGCAAGCGCACAGCCCGGGCCAGCCCGCCCGUGGCUUCCGCUUCCGCUGCCGCCUGUGCCAGCCCCGCGCGCCUCGCGGUUUUCCUGCCGCGCUCGCCGCCUGGAGCCCGGUGUCCGAAGCCCGCGGCGGAGCGCCCCGGGAGCAUCCCCGGCAGAAGCCCCCAGAUUACAGAGAACAAUGCCUGGCACAGAGGAGACGUUCAGGAAGUAUUUAUUGCAUGAAGGAGGUCAUGACGCUGCUGAUGUAUAUUGAGUCAAAUGGAAACCCCACAUCAUACAACUGCAACUGAGAACACAGGGCUCCCUCUCCUGCUGAGUGACAGCUGAAGAUGACAUCAUCACUUUUUCUGCCUCAAUUAUCUGCUGCCAGAACUGUGUUCUGGGAAUCCUCAUGGAGUCCACAUCCAGGAACAGCUCCUGCUGGUAGAGAUGUGUGAUAACCAGGACUCACCAAUUUGAACAGAGCAAAUCACAUCUUAGGCAUAGAGAAAACCAGAAAUAGUUUCUGGGCCAAGAAUCUUUACCCUCCUAAUACCCCUACUCAAGCCCACAUCAAUCUUGACCAUCCCCACUUGGACAGAAGCAGCAACAGCAACGAGAGUUCUGUGAUGUCCAGUGUUGACUUGCUUGUGAAGUUUGUAUCAGAAACCAGCAAAUGGAUUAAAACUUCAGAUCCAGCUAUCAGAACUACAAGUGAAGAUUUGUUAGGUUAGAUAGGUGGACAGAUGGAUGUGUGGAGAGACGGGAUUCAGGAAUUAUUAGUCAAGUAAUUAAUGGAUUGGAACUUUCGUAUUUUCACAAAGAAUUUGAAAUGCAUCCACCUUAAGACCUACUAUUUUAUUCCAAUAUAUUCACUAGAAGAAUGAAGAUACCAGUGAAAUAUCUCCAGAUUCCCAGCAAAAUCGUUGUGAGGUAACUGCAAACUGUUCACUUUUGAGAUCCAUUUAAGAAAGUGAAGCCAAUAUAGAGGAAACACUGUUUUAGAAGACUUUUCCUUGAACAUGACUGUCAUUUUUCCACCAGUAGUUUCUAUGGAUUGUGUGAAUCCAACAGGUAAUAAUUUUAGAGUACUCUACGUGUUUUCAAGAGCAAAGAAAUGAAUACAUCUCCAUGUGGUCCUCAAUAGCUUUUGGAAAGCUAUACUGGAUUCCUGGAUUGGAUCAAGAAUGUGUGGAGGACAGAAUCUUUCUCAGGUUCUUAAAUAACUCAUGAUACAUUCCUCUCUGCCAAACUAUAGAUCCAGGUCAACUGCAAACUCUUCAAAGUUAUAUAUUCAGCAUAUGUGUUGAUAUUACCAUUUCAGUGAAGUUGGAUGUGACCAAUGCCAAGAUUUGAAAUAAAAAAAUUUGCACUAAAUGACACAGAAUCCAGCAAAUGAAGGAAGAGAGCCAAAUCCAACUCUCAAAACAGUAAGUGAAACAUUGUUAGAUGGAUAUGAUGGAUUUCAGGAGUUCUAGAUAAGUAAUUACCAGUGAUUGGGACUUUUACAUUUGUAUAAUGAGUUUGGAAUGCACACACUUGAAAAUUAUUAUUUUAUUCUAGUAUAUUCAAUAGAAGAAUUUUCUUAAUCGUGGACUAUCAUCCAUCUAUGGCUCACAAAUUGUUUUAGCAGAUAAAGGAAGGAAAGCUUCUUUUUGAAGAUUUAGUAAUGAGUUACCCUAGAAAUAUUAGCUUCUUUUUUAAGUAUCUUAAAGGAAAGUAGAGUCAUUGUUACUCUCCUCAUGCUUUCAGCAAGCUUCUGUAACACAAUAGAGAUGUGUUCUAUGGCAGCAAUGUAAUUACAAAAAUGAAAAUAGUAACAAUUUUCAAACACUUUUCCACCUUGGAAUUUCUCCAUUCCUAGCACAUAUCUUUCAAAUGUGUCUUUGUCAAACCAAGAGCUCAUCAUCAAAAUUGUACUUAGCAUAUGUGUGGAGAUGAGUUACGCAUCAUAUUAAGUCUCCAGAGAACAGGGCCAGAUACCCAGGAAAUAGGCAAAUUAUUCUUCUUGUUUUCCAGUGUGGGAUGGAGGAGCUUGUAGGAAAUGUAGCCUCCCUUCCCCAUGACACCACAAGUACAGAACCAGAGGAAGAACCUUUUCACAUUGCUUCUGAGCAUGGGCCCCUCUGCCCACUCCUGCCUUCCUCUUCCCAGAAAUUCCAGCCCCAAAUCUCUCCUGAUGCUGCCCCAUGAGCUUUAAAUGAAUUCUGUAUCCUUGAAGUUUGAUUCCAGUGGGACAGAAGAGUACUCCAAGCCACAGGGAGCAAUGGGGAAAGAGACACGUGUUCUCCACUUGGGACCAGAGACAUUGAGGUAUGAGCCAAAGACUUAAGUCUGUAGGGGAGGCCACACUGGCAUUGGACCCUCAGAUCUGGGACAAGGAGAGGGAAAGCAUAGACUGUGCUUCCAUAAAUUAUUUUUGUUCAGAGGUGGAUGCUCUGUCAGAUGGCCAGUGAGCUCUUUCAGGUAUGUAGAAGCAGUUGAUUCCAGAAGCUCCAGAAAUGUGGCUGGGCCAAGAUUGCAGUGCAGCAAGAUAUAUCUGCAAACUAUUUGAGCAGGAAGCUAUCUGGUGUGAAUCCAGUCACUGGAUUUUGCUGUUACUGACUGUAUGACAUGUUUUCUUCUGUAGGGAAAGGACAUUUAUAUUACCAGUGAAAUUUCCUAAAUUCCCAGCAAAAUAAAUUUGAAGUGUGUUCAAGAUUUCUUACUAUAUACAUUUGCUUUGAUGGGGUUUUGUAUUAUCUCCUCUGCAAGUAAAUUUUCUGGCCCAUUCCUAUGGAUAGCCUGCCCAGUAUUCUUGUUUGAGUUUGUAGAAAUUUAUACAAAUUAUUCCAUGAGGGAAAUUAGGGUACUGGAUGAUGAUCCUGUUUCCUUUCUAACAAAGCAGUUUAUUCUGAACGAAGAUUUGGGCUUCAUGAAUUUGAAUUCAUCUGAGUGAAAAUACCCCUAUGGCCCAGUGCUCUCUCCAGUGUGUCACAGUAGAGGCAAAGGAAUACCAGAAAGGUGAAGACCCUAGCUUUGCAUUACCCAAGCAAUCAUUGAACCUACUGCCUAGAGUGAUCAAGAUUUGACUGAUACUACUUCACCUCAUCCAUACAUUGCCAAAGACUGGAUAAUAUUGGCAAUUUUAUGUGGAUUUUGAAAAGGGAGAUGUGAUUGGGUUGAGAAAGAUAGACAAGGGUUUAGGGAAUUUUAAUAUUUUUGAAGGUAUGGUCUGCAGUGGAAGAACAGCUUAUCAUAUGUGAAAAUCUGCCUACAUUGCUCCCAAACAUGCUCUCAUUACUUUAUGCCACCUCCAUUGUUUCCAGAAUUGGAGCUCUUGGAACAUUGGUCUGUAAACAUAUUUCACAUCUAGAGCUAUGCAGAUAAUCCCUCUUUCCUGAUGCUUCUUCCUGGUAGCACCAGGAGUACUGCCAGGACCUGUAUGCCGGAUAAGAAAGAUGACACAAAGUGUUGACAAGUGUCAAAUGAUGAGUAGAUGUCAAGCACCCUGUCUUUUGGAGUAGUAUUCUCCGUUUUACCAUAGGUAUUUCAAAACUCAUCUUCACUGUUGAGAUACAUUUUUAGGAAGUGAAGUCAUUGUAUUAGAAACAUGGUUUCAGAUGACUUUGCCUUGAACAGGACUAGCCUUUUUUCCUUUAUAAUUUAUUUCUUUAAAAUUUUAUUUAAGGUAUACAAAUUUCUUACAUAUAGAUUCAGGAACAUAGUGAUACUUCUCAGCUUACCCUCUCUUCUGCCCAUGUUCUCACCCUUCUUCCUCUUCCCCUCUUCUAACCCCACUCUUAAGUUUCACAAAAAUCUAUUUUCAGUUUACUUUAUACCCAUAAAAUUAACCCUACACUAAAUAAAGAGAUCAACAAAUAGUAUGGGGGGAAAAAAACCCACUUUUUAGUGUUUUGUGCAAAUCCAAUGCGCUUCUUUUGGAAAUUUUCCUCACUUGAUACCAUUUAACCAUUCUUGACAAUCAUAAAUGCUGUAGAUGAAUAUGAGUCUGUUUUAAAUUAUUUAAAAUUGGAAUGACACUUUUGCUGGUAAUUAGUUUGAUAAAUACACAUAAAACACAAUACAGUUCCAAAAUACAUGUUGAAAAUUUAAGACACAGUCUUAGGAACUUCAUUCAGGCAAUGUUGUUUUGUGUGACAACACCUGACACCUUUCUUUCUGGCGGGCAUAUAUCAUGCUUAUGAAAACUGUGACUGGGAUGUUCUCUUGGCUCUAUUUUGGGUGGAAUUAAAUUCAUUUUUGUUCAUUCAUCAAUGUAUACCAGCAUUUGAUGUAUGAAAAAUCCACAGUAAAUGUGUAGGUUUAAAAUACAACUAUUUUAUUUCUAAUUCUGAAUCUGCAUUUUGGAGUGGACUCAGCUGAAACGCUUCUAUGCUGGUGUUGCCUGAUAUCCCAAAUAAGGGUCUUGGCAUCUGGUGACAGGAUUGAUGCUAGUGCACAUAGGAUUAUUUUACUUUUUCUGGUGCUAUUGACAAUUCAUUUAUUUGUAUGAAAGGUAGAGCAAGAGGCAGGGUGUAUGUGUGUGUGUGGGGGGAUGGUGGGGGGAGAGAAAGUCUGCCACCUGCUGGUGCACUCCUGAAAUGCCUGUAAGAUCCAAGGCUAUGCCAGGCUGAAGCUAAGGAAGCAGGAACUCCAUGUGGGUCACCCAUGUGGGUGGCAGGAAACCCAAGUGUGUGUUCAUCACCCUCUUCAUCCAAGGCACAUUUACAGAAAGUGUAAGAGUAUGAAAUAGCUUAGACAAAAACCAGGUGCUCUGGUAUGAGAGAUAGUGUGUUCCAAGCAGCAGAUUAAUUUGCCACAUUACAACAUCCUUCCCUGCCAUGCAUGUCUGGUUAUUUGCUUUGGCUCUUGUUUUAGAACCUUUUUCUCCCACAGACAAGUACCAGGUUUCUGCACAAGAUGACUGUCCAAUAAGAUAAACUCAACUAGACAAAUGCUUUUCAAAUAAUAUUGGUGUCAUAUAUACUAAUGUCCCAAGGGCUAAAGCAUGUGAAAGGUCAAAGGUAAGAGUCAUUGUGGGAAAGGGUUAUAUGAAGGCUUUAAUUUGGGGAGGUAUGUCAUUUGGAAUAAUUUCUGGAAAGGUGUACUUCAUUAAAGUAUAUUCGAUCCAUUUUUCCUGUACAGUUGUGGGCAAAGAAAUUCAGGUUGCAUGAUGCAUAAUUUCUCUGGAAUUUUAGAUAUGCAAAAUCUGGAGAUGUUCUACUGAAAACACUAAAUGGAAUCCUGUGUGGCAUAUCUGUAUUAACAAGAAAAUACUUAAUACCACUGAAGUAUUUUUCUGUAGUUCAGAAACAUGAUCUUUCUUUGGUAUGAUAUGAUUUACAUGAACAGUCAUCCUUAAACUUAUAAAUUAUUUCUUUGCAGUAAUAUUAUUUUUUUACAAAAUAAGUAACAUAAAUAUUAUCAUUAACUUAAUGAUAAGUUGUGUUUAAUCUUUACCAAUUAAUAGAAAUUUGGGUGCUCUUUCCUGACCCUUCUCAUGUGCUAAGCACUGUUGCUGCAAAAGGAGGCUGUUUUUCUAUCUAGUGUCUCUGUGAUUCUGUGUUCACUUCUACCAUGGUCAUGAUUUGUGCAGUAAAAUCCAGGAGCAAGCCCGACCAGUUCUUUCAUAACUCCCUCCAUUCACCUUCUCUUCCAGGUAUUAUUCUAGAGAUCUCUACGUGCUUCCAAGACAAAGAAAAUGAAUUCAUCUUCAGUGUUGGUGUCAUUUGAAGACCUGGCUGUGGACUUCACCUGGGAGGAGUGGCAGGACCUGAACCAUGCUCAGAGAAUCCUGUACAAGGAUGUGAUGCUGGAGACCUACAGCAGCCUGCUGUCCUUGGGGUACUGUAUUACAAAACCUGACUUGAUCUUCAAGUUGGAACAAGGAGAAGAGCCAUGGAUAGUUCAAGAAUGCCUAAACCCAAACUUAAAAGUUUCCCAGGAAAGAGAUGGCCUGAUUGUGACCAACAAGGAAAGUAAAGACAUAAAUUUGAGGAAGGAUGUGGUCACAAACAACAAUACAUUCACUCACAAGGGAAUUGAAUCAAGAAAAACACGUAAUUUAAGCUCAAGCCAUAUUCAAAAACUGAUCAUCAAAAAGAGAAAUUGUUCAGGAAUGAAACCUGAGGUAUGCAGUAUAUUUCACAAUGUGCAUAUCCCUAGUAUGCCGGAUGAGAUGCAAGCUGGAGAGAAAUUAGAUGCUCCUAAUGUACCUGGGGACUCUUCUCAUUGCUCAGAGCCACAUAGUUCGCAUCACAAGGUUCAGACUGUGCCAUUUGAUCACAGUAAACAAGCAAAAACCUUGCAAAGGAAGAAAAUGUUCUUUACAUUUGAGAAGGCUUAUAUGAGAGACACUUGUAACAAGUCAACUAUUGUAGGAAAGACAAUGAAGACAAUUCAAAUAGGGAAGGAAACUUUGCAUAAAAAUUCUAACCUCAGUAAGUAUCAACAAACCCAAACAAAAGAGAAACUCUGUGAAUUUUUUAAGGGUGAGGAAGCUGUGAAUUACAAAUCAGAUCUUACAAUGAAUCAGAAAACACACACAGGAAAGAAAUCCUAUGUAUGUGAACCCUAUAAAAAAUCUUUCAGCUAUAAAUCCUGCCUCGCAGUCCAUCACAGAACUCACACAGGGGAAAAGCCCAGUGGGUACAAUGAAUGUGGAAAAACCUUUUCCUGGAAGUCAUAUCUCAUGAGAAAUCAAAGAAUUCACACAGGGCAGACACUAUAUGAAAUUAAUGAGUGUGGAAAAGCUUUUUACGUGAAACCACACUUUGUAAGACAUAAGAAGGGUCGCCCAGCAGUGAAACCUUAUGAAUGUAAUGAGUGCAAAAAGGACUUUUGCCAGAAAUCAGGCCUCAUAACACAUCAGAGAGUUCACACAGGGGAGAAACCUUAUGUAUGUAAUGAGUGUGAGAAAGCCUUUUCCCAGAAGUCAAACUUGAAUAAACACCUGAGAAUUCACACAGGAGAGAAAUCCUAUGAAUGCAAUGAAUGCGGAAAAGCCUUUUGCCAGAAGUCAGUCCUCAUAAGACAUCAGAGAAGUCACACGGGGGAGAAACCUUACAAUUGUAAUGAGUGUGGAAAAGCCUUUUCCCGGAAGUCCCAUCUCAUAAUACAUCAGAGAAUUCACACAGGGGAGAAACCUUUUAAGUGCAAUGAAUGUGGAAAAGCCUUUUACCUGAAAUCACACUUUGUUACACAUCAGAGAAUUCACACAGGGGAGAAACCUUAUAAAUGUAAUGAGUGUGGAAAAGCAUUUUCCCGGAAAUCACACGUCAUAACACAUCAGAGAACUCACACAGAAAAGAAAUCUUUUGAAUGUAAUGAGUGUGGAAAAAUCUUUUACCAAAAGUCACACUUUGUAACACAUCAGAAGAUUCAUACAGUGGUGAGACAUUAUGAAUGUAAUGAGUGCAAAAAAGAGUUUUGCCAGAAGUCAGGCCUCAUAACACAUCAGAGAAUUCACACAGGGGAGAAACCUUAUGUAUGCAGUGAGUGUAAGAAAGCCUUUUCCCAGAAGUCAAACUUGAAUAAACACCAGAGAAUUCACACAGGGGAGAAAUCUUAUGAAUGCAAUGAAUGUGGAAAAGCCUUUUACCAGAAGUCAGUCCUCAUAAGACAUCAGAGAAUUCACACAGGAGAGAAACCUUAUGAUUGUAAUGAAUGUGGAAAAGCAUUUUCCCGGAAGUCACACUUCCUAAUUCAUCAGAAAAUUCACACAGGGGAGAAACCCUUUGAAUGCAAUGAAUGUGGAAAAGCCUUUUACCUGAAAUCACACUUUGUAACACAUCAGAGAAUUCACACAGGGGAGAAAACUUAUGAGUGUAAUGACUGCAAAAAAUACUUUUGCCACAAAUCAGCUCUCAUAAGACAUCAGAGAAUUCACACAGGGGAGAAACCUUAUGAAUGUAAUGAAUGUGGAAAAGCCUUUUCCUGGAAGUCAGACCUCAUAACUCAUCAGAGAAUUCACACAGGUGAGAAACCUUAUGAAUGUAAUGAGUGUGAAAAAGCCUUUUCCCAGAAAUCACACCUCAUAGCACAUCAGAGAAUUCACACAGGGGAUAAAGCUUUUGAAUGUAAUGAAUGUGGAAAAGCCUUUUACAUGAAGUCAAACUUGAAGAAACAUGAGAGAAUUCACACAGGGGAGAAAUCUUAUGUAUGCAGUGAAUGUGGAAAGGCAUUUUGCCGGAACUCAGACCUCAUAAGACAUUUGAGAAUUCACACAGGGGAGAAACCUUAUGUAUGUAGUGAGUGUGAAAAAGCCUUUUCCCAGAAGUCAAACUUGAAUAAACAUAGGAGAAUUCACGUAGGGGAGAAAUCUUAUGAAUUCAGUAAAUCUGGAAAAGCCUUUUGCCAUAAGUCAGACCUCAUAACACAUCAGAAAAUUCACAUAGGAGAAAUUUCAUGAAUUAAAUGAGUACGGAAAAAUAACACCCCAGAAUCAAAGCCUCAAUAGGCAUAGAAUUGAAAAACUGGGAAACUUUGAAUGCAAUCAGUGGGAAGAAAAACUUUUGUUUCAAUUAAACCUCAACAGAUACCAUAGACUACACAAAGAAGAAAAUGCUAUCAAUAUAAUGUACGUGAAAAAUCUUUGCCAAAAGUCACUCUUCAGUGUACAUUGAGAAGAGAAAGCAUGUGUGUAUACUAAGACUUUGUACCAUAAUUCAUGUUUUAUCACCUUUCAGAAGAUUCACAUAGAGCAAAAACCCUGUGAAUGUAUUGGAAGUGGAAACCUUUACUAUAAGGCAAAUUUUAAGAAACAUCAGUAAAAUUAGAGAAAACAUUGAAAAUGUAACAUAUAUGGAACCACACCUCAGCAGUUAUUAGGAAAUCCACAUGAAGGAUUUACCUUGUAUGACAGACACUGGCUAUAUGUUCUUUAAAGUCUAGUUUUUCUUCCUUUGACAUACAAUCUGCAUUUGUGGCUUUCUCGUAUUAUGAGUGGGACCAUGACAAUGAGUUAUUUCCACAUAUAAAUUUUGUUAAGUAUUUUCCGUGUGAUACUUACUUGAAAUAUCAUCCUAAUCAUUUGCAAAGUUGUUUGACUUUAUUGGUUGCCUAUCAUUCCUUCCCCACAUGACUCUACAGAUCAGGUUGUGACCAUUGGCCCGCCACCUGACUUAUAUGUGCCAGCCAUAAUACUAUAUCCCAGCUCUGAAUGAUGAGUGGUUUGCCCAGAUUGGGGGAUGAGUCUCUGAUGACCUUUAUACUCACGAGAAUCAUAGACUUCUCUGUGUGUAAGUCUGAAUUUGCCCACUUUGCCAGAGGUUUGCUUAUUGGGUGAAGAGGGGAUGUGUGCACAAUGUUCUCAUAGCAUAAGUGCCAGGCAGUCCUCCUGAGAUUUAAACUAUGCUUGUAACUUUUUGCUUUCAUUUUUUGGAUUGUUUUCAUUCCACUCUAUUGUGGUUUGCUUCUGUUUGUAAUUAAAUUCUGGCAGUUGUAGGCUGGCGCCAUGGCUAAAUAGGCUAAUCCUCCGCCUGCGGCGCCAUCACACCAGGUUCUAGUCCUGGUCAGGGUGCUGGAUUCUGUCCUGGUUGCCCCUCUUCCAGUCCAGCUCUCUGCUAUGGCCCAGGAGUGCAGUGGAGGAUGGCCCAAAUGCUUGGGCCCUGCACCCACAUGGGAGACCAGGAGAGGCACCUGGCUCCUGGCUUUGGAUCAGCGCGGUGAUCCAAUGGAAAAAGGAAGACCUUUCUCUCUGUCUCUCUCUCUCACUGUCCACUCUGUCAAAAAAAAAUUAAAAAAAGAAUUCUGGCGGUUGUAUUCACUUGGCUUGAUUCUGGCUCAUUUAAUUUUGUUGAGCUACUUGAGAUAUGCAGGUAGCUAGUGAGCACUAGAAAUUAAGGACUAUCAGCACCCAAGCUAACAGAACACAUAGAACAUACUCCACACAUUGUGUGUUGUUCCUAAGAUUGUAUUGGCUAGAAUUAUCCAAAUUGAGUGAAGACUGGCAAACCUACUCAACAUCAAGCACCUGGGCCUCUCUUCCCAUCAUGCCAUGACACUUCCUAAAUUUCAACACAUGCAUCCCAGCCACAUGUGCACCUGAUGCUAUGACAAUCUGAGAUUUUCAAAAGGAGCAUGGAAGUGGGUGAUACUCAAGUCCUGCUCCCAACUUAGCCGUAUUUAAAUAUUCAAGUAGGUGUUUUCCCAGACAUCACCUACUAUCCUAUUAAAGGAUAGCUACAAACUUUAAAUUGCAGCAUUUUCUCCUGAGGUUGCCCACAGUAUUGUGUACUAGCUGUUUUUUUUUUUUUUUGAAGAUUUUUAAAAAUUUAUUUGAGAGGUAGAGUUACAUUCAGAGGGGAGAUAGGUCUUCCAUCCACUGGCUCACUCCCCAAAUGGCUACAAUGGUUGGAGCUGCACCGGUCCAAAGCCAGGAGCCAGGAGCUUCCUCUGGGUCUCCCACUUGGGUGCAGGGACCCAAGCACCUGGGCCACUUUCUGCUUUCCCAGGCCAUAGCAGAGAGCAGGGUCAGAAGAAGAGCAGCUGGGACUAGAACCAGCACCCAUAUGGGAUGCUGGCAUCACAGGUGGAGGAUUAACCUAGUACGCCACAGUGCCAGCACCAUACUAUCUUUAAAUUUAGUUUCCUGAUUCCUUGUUUCUAGCUUUUUUUUUUUUUCAAAUUCCUUCUUGCCUAGAAACAAUAACUUGGACUAAUGUUUUACCAGGGGACCCCCUGAAACAGAGAAACUGGUAAAAAAUAUAAUAAUAUGGUAUUUUUGUAGUUUUACAAUUACUUUAAUAUUUUUGGCUUUAUUUUCCGCCACCUCAUGGUGACUCUUAAGUUUUAUUUCAAUGUUGUGUUUACAUUUCUUUCCUCAAAGUUCUUCUUGGGAUUUGAUUGGAUUUACAUUCAUCUCUGAUAGCAGCAUGUACCCACUCUGGAUGGACAAUUUACCUAGGUGACAUGGCCAUUUCUCAGUGACUUGGUUAUAAAUGUAAUGAUGAAUGAAUGAUACAGCUAUAGUUGCUCUUUUUUUGCUUCCUGUCCAGAGGACAGUCCUACAAGUCAUUCCUUCCACCUCUAAUCCUAAAUGUUGGGAACAGUUCAUUGGCAAUAUCCAGAUCCAGUACAAGUGCUAAUCAUAAGAUGCAGAGUCAAAUCCGAGGAUACUCGGAGACUUAAGGGCAAAUAAGUAGUUAUACAUAAAAUAUACACAUUUUAUUGAAAAAUUAGCACACAUAAAGGCAAAAUAUACAAGUUAAGCUUAAAACAGAAGUGAGAAGGAGUGCCAACUUUCAAAGGGGACCACCUGUGGAUUGAACAAAAGAAUUCAUGUGGACCCAGUUGUGGCUAUGUGCAUGGGGAGUGAGGUCAAUACAUAGCAUCUUUCUGGCUCCCAGUUCCUUGCUCUGAAAAUCUUAGAAAUGAGAUCAAGAUGGUAGAGGAGAAUGGAGAUAUUAUCCACUGUCCAUGCAGCUUGAAUUGUGUGUGAGGGCAAAGGCCAUGCCCCUCAUUGUCUGAGGACUUUCUCUGUUCCCACUUAACCUUGUCCUUUUCCUAAUGCUUGCUGAAGUGCUUGUUUCUGAGCUAAUGCUGCACCGAUUUCUGGCUUGCCUGGACUUUUAUUGUCUUCUUGGUCUAUUGAUAGGGUGUUUCAGAUUUCUUUUUCUUUGUGUAAGUUUAAUAGACAAUACAUAAUGACUCAAUGCCUUGUCCAACUCUUUUCUAGCAAGCUUUGAUGCAUUAAAAAUGGACUGAAAAUGGAAUAAAUGUAACUGCCAAAGUUUUUGAAUGUAGAAUAUCCAAAAUUUUAUUAGCAUUCGUUUAAUUGUAUGCUACUCAAAAAUCUCAUUCCUUGUUGAUCAGAAUGCACAAUGAUACUUUAUAAGAUAUCUGGCUAUGUUAUUAUAGGUCCUACAAUAGUAUCAUAUGCCUACAUACAAUGCAGCAAGAAAAUACAUCCAGCAGCUUCAUAAUGACUAUAACCUAUAUGAAACCAAGAGGUCCAUCAGAAUAUAAACAGGCCAGCGCCAUGGCUCAAAAGGCUAGUCCUCCGCCUGUGGUGCUGGCACACUGGGUUCUAGUCCCAGUCAGGGCACCAGAUUCUGUUCCAGUUGCCCCUCUUCCAGGUCAGCUCUCUGCUGUGGCCCGGGAGUGCAGUGGAGGAUGGCCCAAGUGCUUGGGCCCUGCACCCGCAUGGGAGACCAGGAGAAGCACCUGGCUCCUGGCUUCGGAUCAGUGCGGUGCACUGGCCGCAGCGCAGUGGCCAUUGGAGGGUGAACCAACGGCAAAAGGAAGACCUUUCUCUUUGUCUCUCUCUCUCACUGUCCACUCUGCCUGUCAAAAAAAAUAUAUAAACAGAUAACCAAACCUUCCCAGUAGGUGGGGACCUUUGAAAAAGAACAGAGGAGAAGGACUCAUGAGACACUUGGUAUAUACUGCACAUGAGGAUACAAAAGAAAAGGCAUAGGCUGGAGUCAGGGAUUUCAGAGACUAAAGGAAUAUACUGGCUACAGAUCAAUAGCAUGGAGAUGCUUGCACAAAGUCAUGGAUUUAAGUGAAGUCAGAGUGGUAACUGAAGACUGCCAUAAGCUGAAAUCACAGGAGAUGAGAGGGGAUUGGAACAGUAGUUCUGACAUAGGCUGUAUAGACCAGGCAAACAGGAAGAUUGCAGCUAUAUGAAGAGAGGUGAGAAAUGCAUGGCAAUUGGCAUUGGAUACAGAAACUAUAAAGACACUCGAGGAAAGACAUGCUGUAGACAAAAAGGAUGGAGACUCAUGCAGCAGACACAAGUAACGGUUUUUAGAGCUUGCCUGGUUGGCAGAAAAAUAUUUUCAAAAUGGCAAAAAUACAAGAAUAGACAUGAGUCUCAGUCACAUGAGAUGUUGAAACUGCAGAUACCACAUAGGUUUUGGGGCCAAGAUUAGAGAUAGGCAAAACAAGGCAUAGCUAGAGGAACAUGGUACUAGAGACACUGGGAGGUAGACUACCUGCGUGUACAAUAUUUGAGAAUAAAGGAACAGUUACAAGAGAUAUUAUAUAAAUCAGUUCUUAGAAAAGGUAUAGCCUCAAAUGAAUAUGUUAGAAGACUGACAUUUUAAAUUUCUUAAGAACUAAAGUGAGGGACUGAAAUCAUGGCAUUGUGGGUAAGGCCUGCAAUGACAGCAUCCCAUAUGGGCACCAAUCAAGCACUGUCUGCUCCAUUUUGGAUGUAGGUUCCUGCUAAUAAGACUGCAGAGGAUGGCACAAGUGUUUGGACCCAGAUGAAUCUCCUGGCUCCUGGCUUUGGCCUGUUCUAGCCUGACAUGGCCAUCUGUGGAGUGAACCAUAGAUGAAGUGCUCUCUCGUGCAUACUCGCUCGCUCUCGCUCUCUCUCACUCUCCCUCCCUCCCUUCCUCCCUCCCUCUAAGCUUCAAGUACAUAAAUCUUUUUUAAAAGAAAUAAAAUGAACUGUACAAUAUUAUAUACAAGAGAGACAAGUAAAAAUAGAGGCUGGUAUCAACAAGAUAGCUAUAACAAAACUAUAAGUAUGAAAUUUUAAACUAUUAACAAUUUUUAAAAACUGGUAAACAUUUAAGGAAAAUAAAAUGAAACAAUUUCAGGAAUCGAACUCAUUUCUCAUAAAAUGUAUAAACCUUAACAAGAUAGGCAGAGGAUUUUCUGAAAUACUUUAGAAUAAGGUUUCUAAAGCAUAGACCAAAGUCUACCAAAUUUUGUAAAUCAAUUUACCAAAACACAAAUACUGCAUAAUAUAGGAAACUCCUAUAUAAAGUACUGAAUCAAUAUAAAAAAUUAAAAAUAAUUUAACAAAUCAAUUCCACAAGCAAAAUUUCAGGCCAGGAUUUGUGAAGUAUUCCAAAUGUUUAAAGAAAAUACUGUCAGUUUGCCAAAUUCUUCCAAUGUGGCAAUAAGCAGGAAAUGUAUUUGAAUUUCUCUUCUGAAUCCAGCUUUACAUGAACAGCAUGUCAUAUAAGGGCAUGAAAUAAAUAUUUAAAUCAAUUUUUUAUAAUGAUGGAUCCAAGUAUAUUAAGCAAAAUACAAUUGUUUAGUCUUUCUGGAAUCAUAAUAGAUGCCUAGCAAGCAGGAUAUACUAAAAGAUGCAAAAGUAGUUAACAUUCCAAAAUACAACAACUCAUCUUUGUGGGUGAAAAAUACAGGAAGAAAAUCACAUGAUCAUUUUGAUUAAAUAUUAAAAAGCAUUUAAUAAAAUUUAAUGUUGUCAUAGAAAGGAACUCUUAGCAGAGUAGUAAAAACAUUUUCUUUAUGCUAUUGAGGCAAUCUAUAAGGAAUCUAUAAAACUAUCUUAAUUAAUAGAGAUUGAAACUUUUACUGGGUAGUAGACUUGGACAAUGCUCCCUCCUCUCACUAUUUCUCUUCAAUAUUUUCCUAGGUCUCUAGUAAAAGAAAUUAAGUACAAAAAAAUUAGCUAUAAGGAUCAGGUUUUAAGCAACAAGACUGUCAGUAUAUGUGGCAAUGCCAUUACAUAUAGGGGUAAUCCAAAUAGACAAACCAUUAAAAGAAUUAAGCAAUAUUAUUGAAUACAAGAUGAAUAUAUACAAAUGAGUGGAUUAGUAUGUACCACCAAGAAAAGAAAUGAUUUUAAGUGACACAAUAAAGAAUAGCAAAUAAAUUCUGAUUGGAGAAAUGAAUUAAGAAUUUAUGUGGCCGGCGCCGUGGCUCAAUUGGCUAAUCCUCCGCCUUGCGACACCAGCACACUGGGUUCUAGUCCUGGUCGGGGCGCCGGAUUCUUUCCCGGUUGUCCCUCUUCCAGGCCAGCUCUCUGCUAUGGCCUGGGAUUGCAGUGGAGGAUGGCCCAAGUGCUUGGGCCCUGCACCCGCAUGGGAGACCAGGAGAAGCACCUGGCUCCUGGCUUCGGAUCAGUGUGGUGUGCUGACUGUAGCGCGUCGGCAGUGGUGGCCAUUGGAGGGUGAACCAAUGGCAAAGGAAGAUCUCUCUGUCUCUCACUGUCCACUCUGCCUGUCAAAAAAUAAUAAUAAAAAAUUUUUGUAAUAUCUUUGAAUCUUCAAUUCAAUAUAAAAAAUAUGUAACA